AUGGGUCAGUCACGACGCCCCGCAGGCGGCGAGAAGAAGAGUCGCUUCGGGCGCAACAAAGCAGUCGCCGAUGUGGGUGACGGCCGGCAGACGGGCAAGUCGCAGGUCAAGAAGGCCACCUUUGAAAGUUCCAAGAAGAAGGAGAUUGGUGUUUCGGACCUCACGCUACUGAGCAAGAUCUCCAAUGAAGCCAUCAAUGAUAACUUGAAACUGCGUUUCGAGCAUGACGAGAUUUAUACCUACAUCGGACAUGUGCUGGUCUCUGUCAACCCGUUCCGGGAUUUGGGCAUCUACACUGAUAAGGUGCUCGACUCCUACCGCGGCAAGAACCGACUCGAAGUCCCCCCUCAUGUAUUCGGAGUCGCCGAAUCAGCAUACUACAACAUGAAGUCCUACAAAGAUAACCAGUGUGUGAUCAUUUCUGGAGAAUCAGGUGCCGGAAAGACAGAAGCUGCCAAGCGAAUCAUGCAGUACAUUGCCAGUGUUUCCGGGGGUAGCGAUUCGUCGAUUCAGCAGACUAAGGACAUGGUGCUGGCCACAAAUCCUCUGCUGGAGUCAUUCGGUAAUGCCAAAACAUUGCGCAACAACAACUCCUCACGAUUCGGCAAGUAUCUCGAGCUUGAGUUCAACGCCAACGGCGAGCCGGUGGGUGCCAACAUUACAAACUACCUUUUGGAGAAGUCUCGAGUUGUCGGCCAGAUUACAAAUGAGCGAAACUUCCAUAUUUUUUACCAAUUCACAAAGGGCGCGCCGCAAAAGUACCGCGACAGCUUCGGCAUCCAACAACCUCAGACCUACCUCUACACGAGCCGUUCGAAGUGUUACGAUGUUCCGGGAAUUGACGAUGUUGCGGAGUUCAAAGAUACUCUGGAUGCGAUGAAAAUGAUUGGCAUGAGUGAAGCGGAACAAGAUAACGUCUUCCGUAUGCUGGCCGCAAUCCUCUGGAUCGGUAACAUCCAGUUCACAGAAGAUGAUUCAAGCAAUGCGUCAAUCACGGAUCAGUCGGUUGUCGAUUUCGUGGCCUAUCUGUUGGAGGUUGAUUCGUCGCAGGUCAACAAGGCUUUGACCCUACGUCUAUUGGAGACCGCUCGUGGAGGCCGAAGAGGUUCGGUGUAUGAGGUUCCGCUGAACACGGUUCAAGCUGUCGCAGUUCGGGAUGCUCUAGCCAAGGCCAUUUACUUCAAUCUCUUCGACUGGAUCGUGGAGCGCGUCAACCAGUCUCUGACUGCCCGAGGGUCCAUCACCAACUCGAUUGGUAUUCUGGAUAUCUACGGCUUCGAGAUUUUCGAGAAGAACUCUUUCGAGCAGCUUUGCAUUAACUACGUCAAUGAGAAGUUGCAACAAAUCUUCAUUCAGUUGACGCUAAAGGCAGAGCAGGAUGAGUACGCCCGCGAGCAGAUCAAGUGGACUCCCAUCAAGUACUUUGACAACAAGGUUGUGUGCUCUUUGAUCGAGGAUAAGAAACCUCCCGGUGUCUUCGCUGCGUUGAACGAUGCUUGCGCCACUGCGCACGCCGAUUCUGGUGCCGCCGACAACACUUUUGUGGGCAGACUGAACUUCCUCGCUCAGAACCCGAACUUCGAGGGUCGCCAAGGCCAGUUCAUCAUUAAGCACUACGCUGGUGACGUGAGCUAUGCCGUCGAGGGAAUGACCGAUAAGAACAAGGAUCAGCUUUUGAAGGAUCUGCUCAACUUGGCUGGCUCCAGCAGCAACCAAUUCGUCCACACUCUCUUCCCCAACCAGGUCAACCAGGAUGAUAAGCGCAGACCGCCUACCGCUGGUGAUAAGAUCAAAGCCUCCGCCAAUGACCUUGUUACCACUUUGAUGAAGGCGCAGCCCUCGUAUAUCCGUACCAUCAAACCCAACGACAACAAGGCUCCUAGGGAGUACAACGAGGGCAACGUGCUCCACCAGAUCAAGUACCUUGGUUUGCAAGAGAACGUGCGCAUUCGUCGUGCUGGUUUCGCCUACCGUCAGACCUUCGACAAGUUCGUCGAGCGAUUCUAUCUUCUAUCACCCAAGACUUCUUACGCCGGUGACUACACGUGGACCGGUGAUUCCGAGUCCGGUGCCAAGCAAAUCCUGAGGGAUACCAGUAUUCCCGCCGAGGAGUACCAGAUGGGUAUCACCAAGGUCUUCGUCAAGACCCCCGAGACUCUCUUUGCACUCGAGGCUAUGCGAGACCGGUACUGGCACAACAUGGCCAUUCGUAUUCAGCGUGCUUGGCGCAACUAUCUCCGUUAUCGUAUUGAGUGUGCCAUUCGCAUUCAACGGUUCUGGCGACGCAUGACUGGCGGUCUCGAGCUUAUCAAGGUGCGCGAUCAGGGACAUCAGAUCCUGCAGGGCCGCAAGGAGCGCCGGAGAAUGAGUUUGCUUGGCUCUCGUCGCUUCCUGGGUGACUACCUUGGUGUGGGUAACAAGGGUGGCCCUGGUGAGAUGAUUCGUAGCGGCGCCAAUAUCAACAGCUCUGAAGACGUACUUUUCUCCUGCCGUGGUGAGCUUUUGGUCUCCAAGUUUGGUCGAUCCAGCAAGCCUGUCCCUCGGAUUCUUGUUUUGACCAACCGUCAUGUGUACAUUGUGGCCCAAAGUAUCGUCAACAACCAGCUGGUCAUUUCAUCCGAGCGUACCGUUCCCCUUGGUGCCAUCAAGACCGUCAGCACUUCGAACCUGAAGGACGACUGGUUCUCGUUGGUGAUCGGUGCUCAAGAACCCGACCCUCUUCUUAACUGCGUGUUCAAGACUGAAUUUUUCACCCAUCUUUCCAAUGCCCUGCGCGGCUCUUUGAACCUUAAGGUUGGCGAAAGCAUUGAAUAUAACAAGAAGCCCGGGAAGCUGGCGUACGUCAAGUCUAUCAAGGACCCGGCAGCCGGUGCCGUCGACAGCUACAAGAGCAGCACCAUCCACACUAGUGCUGGUGAACCUCCCAGCUCCGUGUCUAAACCCACCCCUCGAGCUAAGCAGGUUGCUGCUCGGCCCGUCACCAAGGGUAAACUGCUCCGACCGGGCGGUCCUGGAGGCGGUCCCUCGAAGCUGUCUGCUGCAGCUCGGAAGCCUGCACCAGUUGCUCAGCCUCUGCCCCAGUCAACCCCCCAGCCUGCUGCUCAACCUCGAAUCGUUCCUCAGCCUGUAGCGGCGGUUACCGCUGCCGUUGCCGCACACUCUCGCAAUCAGUCGACUAGCUCUGUGAGAGCUCCUCCACCCCCGCCCCCAGCUGCACCUCCUGCCGCUGCCGCCGCCCCUAAGAAGCCCACUGCCAAGGUUUUGUACGACUUUAGCAGCGACCGCGCCAACGAAUUGACCAUCCGCGCCGGUGAGAUUGUGCAGAUUGUUUCCAAGGAAGGAAAUGGAUGGUGGCUCUGCAUGAACACGACAACCUCGACUCAAGCCAAGUCCAAGCCCGCCCCGCCAGCACCACCUGCCAAGCGUCCCAACAUGGCAGGCCGCAAGCCCGCACCUCCCCCUGCUCCCAGGGAUAGCACCCACAGCAUGAACUCGGGCGACUCCUCUGGCGCCAGUGGCCGUGGUACACCCAACAGCACUUCCAAUGCCAGUCUGGCUGGUGGCCUGGCUGAGGCGCUUCGGGCUCGCCAGAGUGCUAUGCAGGGGAAGCAUGAUGAUGACGAUGAGUGGUAG